AUGGUCCGAUUUACUGCCACUGCUGCUGUUUUGGCCAGCCUUGCCGUCACAUCCAGUGCUUUUCAACCCGUGGGAACCAGAGCUGCUCAUCUCGCUCCAAGAACCUCAAGUCCAGUCUUGAGGGCAUCUAUUGCUGUAGGUGAUAUGGUUACCCCCAAGGCACCAAUGACGCCACCACCGCCACAGAGUGACGAGGACAAGGACAGUGAAUACAAAAUGGACAUGACUGGGAUUGUUCUCUCUGGCCUUGAAGGCAAGGCGCUCACCUUGAACCACGAAGAUUUCCCCAUGGCUACUGAAGUUCGCAAGGUGAUUCCAGCUGACUGCUUUGAACCAGAUACCGCCAAAUCGCUAGGAUACCUGUCCGUCUCUUUGAUUGGAACCGCUAUCUGCACCGCCUUUGGUGUCUCCGUCUGUGGUUUGUUGAACCCUGCCAAUCCAUUGACAUGGCCUUUCUGGGGACUCUAUUCGGCCGUUACUGGAACCGUGGCCAUGGGACUUUGGGUGCUCAGUCAUGAGUGCGGACACGGAGCCUUUUCCAAAAACAAGCUCCUCCAAGACUCGGUUGGAUAUUUUUUCCACUCACUAAUGUUGGUCCCCUACUUUUCCUGGCAACGGUCGCACGCUGUGCAUCAUCAAUACACCAACAAUAUCGAGUUGGGGGAAACACACGUACCCGAACAAAUGUACAGCAAGGACGAAGGAGCCUUCGCGCAACGAGCAUCCGUGGUCAAGUUGCUGGGCAAGGACGUAGGAAUGAAAGUAUGGGGUGUUUGGCAAGCAUUUUUGCAUUUGGGAGUGGGAUGGCCCGCAUACCUCUUGAUUGGUGCCACUGGAGGUACUGGACGUGGAAUGACCAACCAUUUCUGGCCUGAUCCAUUGACCACACCGGAUAUCCCCAAAAAGGAACUCUUCCCAGGAAACUGGAAGGAAAAGGUCUUCAAGUCUGAUAUUGGUAUUGCUGCCGUCGUAGGAAGUCUCAUUGCAUGGACUGCCUGCAAUGGAUUGCCACAGGUCAUGGCCUUGUACGGUGGUCCACUUAUUGUCGUGAAUGCUUGGUUGGUUCUGUACACAUGGUUGCAACACACUGACACGGACGUCCCACAUUUUGAAAUGGACAACCACAACUUUGUCAAGGGAGCUUUGCACACCAUUGACCGUCCCUACGACAAGAUGGAUCCCUGGGGAGCUAUUGACUUUUUGCAUCACAAGAUUGGUUCCACGCAUGUGGCUCACCAUUUUGAUUCGACCAUCCCUCACUACAAGGCCCAGGCCGCCACGGAUGCCAUCAAGGAAAACUUUCCCGAAUACUACUUUUACGAUCCUACGCCCAUCCACGAAGCGGUCUGGCGAGUAAGCAAGGGAUGCGCGUCUGUCGAAAAGCGAGGAGAUCGUUGGGUCUGGAACAACGAAGGUGUGGAGGACACGAUCUAA